AUGAAAGCUCUCCGCACCCUCCCCCGCGCAAAUGGCGCCCUCCCCGCCCUCUACGCCGCCACGACAACGACAACACCAUCCUCCCGCCCCUUCUCCGUCCUCAACCGCCCGCCGCCAAACUACGAAGGCCACGUCCCCCUAAACCGCAUCGAAAAGGCCUCCCUCGCCAUCGGCGCAGGCAUCUGGUCCCUCCUCUCCCCGUACCGCGCCGACCUCAUCGCCGCCGUCGGCGAGGCCACCGCAACACCCUACUUCAUCUACCGCCUCCGCGACGCCAUGCUCGCCGACCCAACCGGCCGCCGCAUCCUCCGCGACCGGCCCCGCAUGACCUCCACCACGCUCAACCUCGAUCGCCUGCGGCAGCUGCCGGACAACAGCGUCGGCCGCGCCUACGUCGGCUGGCUCGACGCCGAGGGCGUCAGCCCUGACACGCGCACGAGCGUGCGCUUCAUCGACGACCCGGAGUGCGCGUACGUCAUGCAGCGCUACCGCGAGUGCCACGACUUCUACCACGCGCUGACGGGCCUGCCGGUGGUGAGGGAGGGCGAGGUCGCGCUCAAGGCGUUCGAGUUCGCGAACACGCUGAUCCCCAUGACGGGCCUGGCGACGAUGAGCUACGUCACGAUGAAGAAGGGGGAGCGCAGGCGAUUCAGGGAGAUUUACGGGCCGUGGGCGGUGAGGAACGGGUUGAGGGCGAAGGAGGUUAUUAAUGUCUACUGGGAGGAGCAGAUGGAGCGGGACGUGGACGAGUUGAGGGCGGAGCUGGGGAUUGAGAGGCCGCCUAACAUGAGGGCGAUACGGAAGAAGGAGCGGGAGGAGAGGAAGAAGGCCAUGGAGAAGGCGGCUGCGAGUCCAUAG